AGGAGGUAGUCAACACGGAGCAUGACGUGACCGAGGUAGUCAACACGGAGCAUGACGUGACCGAGGUAGUCAACACAGAGCAUGACGUGACCGAGGUAGUCAACACAGAGCAUGACGUGACCGAGGUAGUCAACACGGAGCAUGACGUGACCGAGGUAGUCAACACGGAGCAUGGCGUGACCGAGGUAGUCAGCACAGAGCAUGACGUGACCGAGGUAGUCAACACAGAGCAUGACGUGACCGAGGUAGUCAACACAGAGCAUGGCGUGACCGAGGUAGUCAGCACAGAGCAUGACGUGACCGAGGUAGUCAACACAGAGCAUGACAUGACCGAGGUAGUCAACACAGAGCAUGGCGUGACCGAGGUAGUCAACACGGAACAUGACGUGACCGAGGUAGUCAACACGGAGCAUGACGUGACCGAGGUAGUCAACACAGAGCAUGACGUGACCGAGGUAGUCAGCACAGAGCAUGAUGUGACCGAGGUAGUCAACACAGAGCAUGACAUGACCGAGGUAGUCAGCACAGAGCAUGACGUGACCGAGGUAGUCAACACAGAGCAUGACGUGACCGAGAUAGUCAACACGGAGCAUGACGUGACCGAGGUAGUCAACACAGAGCAUGGCGUGACCGAGGUAGUCAGCACAGAGCAUGACGUGACCGAGGUAGUCAACACAGAGCAUGACGUGACCGAGAUAGUCAACACGGAGCAUGACGUGACCGAGGUAGUCAACACAGAGCAUGGCGUGACCGAGGUAGUCAACACAGAGCAUGACGUGACCGAGAUAGUCAACACGGAGCAUGACGUGACCGAGGUAGUCAGCACAGAGCAUGACGUGACCGAGCAUCACGUGACCGAGGUAGUCAGCACAGAGCAUGACGUGACCGAGGUAGUCAACACAGAGCAUGACGUGACCGAGAUAGUCAACACAGAGCAUGACGUGACCGAGGUAGUCAGCACAGAGCAUGACGUGACCGAGGUAGUCAACACGGAGCAUGACGUGACCGAGGUAGUCAACACGGAGCAUGACGUGACCGAGGUAGUCAACACGGAGCAUGACGUGACCGAGGUAGUCAGCACAGAGCAUGACGUGACCGAGGUAGUCAACACGGAGCAUGGCGUGACCGAGGUAGUCAGCACAGAGCAUGACGUGACCGAGGUAGUCAACACGGAGCAUGACGUGACCGAGGUAGUCAACACGGAGCAUGACGUGACCGAGGUAGUCAACACGGAGCAUGACGUGACCGAGGUAGUCAACACAGAGCAUGACGUGACCGAGGAAGGCGUCAGUUGGGACUUGGGGGUUAAAAAUCUCUAUGACUAUAUGAUCAGAGAAGCUUCAUACUUUAUGUGUGUUCGUGAAAAUUUUACAGCCGUGAGAUUUUAUUUAGCU